AUGGCUAAGAGGCAUAAAUUAAAGAUUACUACGUUGUCGAUUUUUUUUUUUGUAAUAUUAACUGGGAUUCAUACCGUUUUUACCAUAUUUAACCAGAACGACUGGAUCAAAUUUUACACAAGUUGCUCAGGAGAAGGUGAUGUAAAAUGGGAACUACUAUACGUUUUAACCAUUUUGAACAGUCUUAUCUUAAUAAUAAAUAUAAAUUACAAAGAAAAUAUAGACAAACUGAAUAAUAAGAAGACUGAAAUUAGUGAUAUAAAUGAUGAUUUAAUAAAUGUUGAUAUUAACGAGUUUAGUAAUAAUGAAAGAGAUGACAGUGAUGAUGAACUUGAAAAAGAAAAAAGAUACAACAAAUUAAAGAUAAAAAAUCUAUAUAGUAUUAGUAAUUCAAGAAUUUGCUACUAUAGUAUGUGGAUAUUGUGCUAUUAUUUUAUAUACUUCUUAUGUUUCUUGAGCUUUUUAUAUGGUAUCAGAUUAUUUAAUAACAAUUUAAUUAAUAUAUAUACAAUAAGAACAUGUAAAAUUGAAAAAUUAGAAAAUUAUAUAAUAUCAGAAAAUACAUUUACAAGUUUAUAUUGGGUAUUUAUCAACUUUAACGUAUUUAUGAGUAAAUAUACAGACUCCUUUUAUGCAAUUAAUUAUGUAAAUUUUAAUAUCGAAUUUAGUACAAAAAAGAAAAGAACAUUAUUUUUCCUAAAUUAUGCUUAUCAGUUAUUAUUAAUAACUUAUUCAAUAUAUAAAAAUGUAUUAUUAUAUAAAAGAGGGUUAUAUAAUUUGAAUCAAAUUGUAUGCUCAAUUAUUUUCCUUUGUUUAAUAUUAUAUACCAUUUUCGAAAUUACAUAUGUCUUAGAAAUAAAUAAGCCAUCUUAUUACAGUAUGCCGAAAUUAUCAUAUAAUUAUGUAUGGUCCAUUAUUUAUUUGUUUGUUAUUUUUAUUUCAUCUGUUAUAUUCUAUUUUUCUGUUUACUCAUAUUCUAUAAAAGACACCUUUGUAAAUUUUCAAACCAUGCUAUGGCUUUUUUUCAUUUCGUUAACAUACAUAAAAAGGAAACAAUUGUUUAUUACGCCGUAA